AUGGCGGGCUCCGCCGCUUUGGGAAUCCCAGAGGCGAGCACUGCCACUUUGGGAAGACCAGAGAGUGGAAUACGGGACGGACAGGCACCCCGACCCCCACUACAACAAUGUCUUCGAGAGGACAUUAAAUAUGAAAACACAGAACCAGUUGCAAAAGCUUCAUACGCUGAUGGUGAAACAGUGAAAGUGAACUGCAUGGUAGGUUAUACUGGCUUUUAUAGAUUAAAGUGUGAAAAAGGAGAAUGGACGAAAUCCACUGAGCGACCAUGUGCAAACAAAAAAUGUAGUCAUCCAGGUGACACACCGCAUGGUGAUUUUAAAUUUAUGGAGGGGACGGAAUUUGUUUUUGGAGCAACAGUGGUGUAUACUUGCAAGAAAGGGUAUGAAAUGGCAAGCAGAACCAAUCAGCGUACCUGCAGAGCUCAAGGAUGGGACAAUGCUGUUCCUGUCUGUGAGGUUGUGAAAUGUCCAGCCAUUCGUACAGACGGGGAUGUAACUGCAUCAGGCAACACAGAGGAGGGAAGUUAUGGCGAUGUUAUUCACUUUGAGUGUGUAUCUUCUGACAAAAUAAUAGACAGAAGUAGUGACAUUUACUGUGAAGAGACGGGCAAAUGGAGUGACAUUGUUCCAAAGUGCAAAGAAGUAGCAUGCACAGCACCUGUCAUAUCAAAUGGAUAUGUUGUUGAGCCACAGCCAAAAUACCAGAAAGAUGCCAUAUUAAAAUACAAAUGCAAUCAAGGAUUCAAGGAGAGAGAGGAAAUCCCCAGAUGUGAUAAAUCUGGCUGGACUCUGAACCCAGGAUGUCAUGAAAUAACUUGUGAGCUGAAGUCAACCACAUUUGGGGUCCAAAAGAUCAAUCCGAAGGGGAAAACUAUUUUCAGACCUGGAGAAAGUCUGGAGAUCACCUGCUCUGAAAAUUACUGGUUCUUUGGUACAAAAGAAACCAGCAGAUCUUUUAUAUGCAAAAGUAAUGGGAAGUGGGACUAUGAGCCUGUUUGUGAAGAGAUUACAUGUGAAGAUCCACUUGACCAGCAUGUGUCUGGACCAUACUGGGGAAAUCUGAAAUUGGGAAAAAAACAUCCUUUCAGUUGUGAGUCUGGAUAUCGUGAAAGGGCAAAUGUGGCCACAUGUACACGAGAUGGAUGGAUACCAAAACCACUCUGUACUGGGCCCUGUAUAGUGACGGUGGAGGAAAUGGAUAAAAGAGGUAUAGAGCUGCAGUGCAAGGCAAAGGAAAAGAUAAUCUCAGCACCAAAUGAUCACAUCGGAUUUGCAUGCCAGAGUGGCAAAACAUUAAAAGGCAAUAUCCUCCUAAGACAAACGUGUAACGAUGGAUUGAUGACUUUGCCUCAGUGUGUGUGACAGUGGAAAUAAAACAUAGAUGAAGC